AUAGUCUUACCAGUCUUCCUCUCCGGUCCAUAUCUCCCUCUAUAUAAACAAGUGGUCUUAUCUGGUUCUCUGUCCUUCUCUUUCUUUCUCUUUGUGUGUGUUGUGUUUGAAAACCCUAUUAGGCUUUGAAGUAGACAAAAUGGAAAAAAACACAACUAGUCUUGGAUCUCCAUCAGCAACUGCAGCAACAACAGCAACACCAACAACCUUCGUUCAAGCAGACGCACACACCUUCAGAGAGCUCGUACAGAAACUCACCGGCGCGAGUGACGAUUUACAAGAAAAGCUUCCGAUAACACUUCCGGCAAGACUCUCUGCAAGAUCGUCUCCUCUUUCCGGCGACAUCGUUGGACCUCGAAGAUCGAAUUUCAAGCUUCAAGAAAGGAGACAGAACAUGAGGAAACUCGAAAUCAAGCUAGGUCUCACCUCGCUUCGUAGUCCACCUUACUCACCUAGACAAACCCAAAAUCACCUGAUUGUGUCGCCGAUUCAAAGUCCGGUGACUCCACUGGGUUCUGAAACUUUGUUCUCUGUUCAAUACUCUGGUUCGGGUAGCGAGUCACCAUCUUCGCCGGCGGUUUUGGAGGAAGAGAAAGCGAUUGCAGAGAAAGGGUUUUAUUUACAUCCAUCGCCGUUGAGUACUCCAAGGGGUUCAGACCCACCUGAGCUUCUACCUUUGUUUCCUUUGAGUUCACCAAGACAGCAACCUAGGGAUCCGUAAAAAGCCUUUAACACACAAAUGGGUAUGUACUACCUCUGAGGAUUUCUAUAAAGUUUCUUCUUUUUCCGCCAUUUUUUUUGUUGGGUUCAAG